UCUUCCUUCCCCCCACUUCGCACAGAUAUAUAGUACAUUUCCUGUACAGUCGGUACAACAUCUUUCGCAUUUCAAUGAAGUUACAAUAAAAGCUUUAAGAGUUUUGUUAGUUAUGACUUUGCUCAUCAAUUAGUUAAUAACAAAGGAGGAAAGGUGAUGUGGAUUGAGAUAAAAGUUUUGAAGUAAAGUCACUUCUAUGUCACUUUAUUCAAUGCAUGCACAUUCGGUAUGGUCGUGAUAUCGCGUUCUGUCACAAUACGGCGCCUGUUUGCUUGAAAUUGGUUUCAGAUUAUUUUUUUAAUAUUCCAAGCCGCUACAUAAUCUGAAAUUCUUUCCCUGUUCAUUAUUCCAUUAGAAAACAAUGUCGACUGAAAGUGUGAAAACUUUUGCUAGCCUUGAAACUCCUGGAUAUGUAGGAUUUGCAAAUUUACCUAAUCAAGUACACAGAAAAUCUGUGAAAAAAGGAUUUGAAUUUACGUUAAUGGUUGUUGGAGAAUCUGGUCUUGGUAAAUCUACAUUAGUUAAUAGCUUAUUUCUUACUGAUUUAUAUCCAGAACGUGUAAUUCCUGACGCGAUAGAAAAAACCAAUCAAACUGUAAAACUUGAUGCUUCUACUGUGGAGAUCGAAGAAAGAGGGGUCAAACUUAGGUUGACUGUUGUGGAUACACCUGGUUACGGAGAUGCAAUUGAUAAUACAGAUAGUUUUAGAGCUAUUAUACAAUAUAUAGACGAUCAAUUUGAAAGAUUUUUACGCGAUGAAAGUGGCUUAAAUAGAAGAAAUAUAGUAGAUAAUAGAAUACAUUGUUGCUUUUAUUUUAUUUCUCCAUUUGGUCAUGGAUUGAAGCCGUUGGAUAUUGAAUUUAUGAAACAGCUUCACAAUAAAGUAAAUAUUGUACCAGUAAUUGCUAAAGCAGAUGUACUUACAAAAAAGGAAGUCUUACGCUUAAAAAAGCGAGUUAUGGAAGAAAUCGAGGGUAGUGGUAUAAAAAUUUAUCCUCUGCCAGAUUGUGAUAGUGAUGAAGAUGAAGAUUACAAAGAACAAGUUAGACAAUUGAAAGAAGCAGUUCCAUUUGCAGUGUGCGGAGCAAACACUUUGUUAGAAGUAAAGGGGCGUAAAGUACGUGGACGAUUGUAUCCAUGGGGUGUUGUAGAAGUUGAGAACCCUGAUCACUGUGAUUUUAUAAAAUUAAGAACAAUGUUGAUUACCCAUAUGCAGGAUUUACAGGAAGUAACACAAGAGGUACAUUAUGAAAAUUAUCGCAGUGAAAGAUUGGCAAAAGGAGCACCUGUACCACCUCGCAGACAAACGAUUGUGGAAUCAGAGAAAGCCAAUUCGGUAUCUGAAAAGGAUCGUAUUUUACAAGAAAAAGAAGCAGAACUACGGCGUAUGCAAGAACUCUUGGCAGUGAUGCAAGCGCAAAUGCAACAACAACAUCCAUAAUUAUAUACUCGUUAUGCACAGAUCCAUGAAGAUACACAAAUUCAUCACCAUUGCAGGUGCCAAAAACAUAUAUUAAAUGAUUAAUAUGCUAUUGAAGAUACAAUUGUAAUGGGAGUGUAUAAUUCUUAUGAAUUUAUUUGUGACGAACGUAUUAUAUAAAGAUACGUUUUUCAAUUCAGUAUUUCUUUUAACUACUAAGUCAAAUAAUAUUAUUCAUAUUCGAGUGUCUUAAAAGAGUCAAAACAGAAAUGUACGAUAAGUGCCUUGCAUAUUUCUUUUAAAUAGAACAAUUCGCAAUCUCUCAUUACUGAAAUAUAAAUAUUAAAGUAAUAAUUCAUUGUAUAAAAAUAAAUUUAUGUAACACACAGCUGUUAUAAACAUUUUAAAGUACUUAGAAGAUACAGUACAAUUAAAAUUUGAUAAACGACUGUAGUAGUUAUAUAAUAGUUAUACAGUAUAGGGAAUAUACUAAAAUAUGCACAAUUUUUUAAGCAUUAUAUGAAAAAUCUCAUAUCAAAACAGAUUUAAGAAUUAUUAAUACAAUUUGUAUAGGUACAUAUAUAUCCCAAUGUUCUCUGAAUAUUGAUAUUUUAUACAAUUGACAAACAAACUGAAAAAAAACAUACAGUUUGACAGCCAUAUCUUCCAAUGUUCCAUGUAUAUUUUUUUAAGUAAAGCAAAAAGACUUUAAGACUGUUUUAGUAUCAAACUGUCAGUAAUAAUUCAGUAUACCUAAGAACUGAAAAAUUUAUUUUUUACUGUGAUAGGCAAUAUCGUAUAGAGAACAUAGAUUUGAACGUGUUUAUGUUUCUGCAAUAUGUAAAGUAUUAUUUUUUAUUUCAAAACAACCAUGUAUGUUAUUUUUACUUAAUAUUAAAUAAGACUAGCCAUUAAAUUCUUUCUUACAAUUUAUGUAAAAAGAAUUUAAAUAAAUCAAAUCGUAGCGUUAUAUUUAAUAAAUAAUAAAUUGUAAGAAAACAUUUUAACAAUGUAAGUGAAACAAGUAUGAAUGUAUUACGUAAAUUUAUUAUUUUCUUAACCAUUGUACUUAUUUGUAUGCAUUUUGGUACUGACAACAUUGUCGCGCUAUUGUAUGUAUUAUACAGAUACACUCAGAAUGCGCUUUAUUAUACCUUUUUUAUACAAAUAUAUCGAUUAUAAUUUGAGGAAUUCA